UGUGGCUGAAAUCCGCGAGAAUCGACCCGAUCAACACCGGAGAUGUUUGCUCUUCCUUCCCGGUGAGGGAGCUUCUUCCGGGGGCGAGCCUCGCUGCUGUGUGCCCGGCUCCGGACAGUCUCCACGGGGCCGGUCCCGCUCGGCGAACAUCGGGAUUCGAUACCGCGGGACCUGAGCCCAGCUUCCCGGGUUCAGUGCGCCGCCUCUCCGCCUCCGCCACCGGGGCAGAGAGCCCCGCAGCCCGGCAGGCAGCCGAGCCGGAGGGAGAAGGAACCUGCUCCACACAUGAGGAGGCACCAGGUCAGACAGCGACAGCACGACAACCCCAGAGCUGAUGGAGUCCACUGACCCUGGACCAGGGCAAGAGAAGCCAUCAGAGCAGAAUCAGGAAUUAACCCCCAGCUCAAGAGGACGGCAACGGAAGAAAAAUUCCAAAUAUACUGAUUUUGAAACUGAUGAUAAGUCGACUGAGACAAAAUCACCUAGAAAGCGCUCGGGGGGGAGAAGUACACCUUCUAAAACCACUCCGCCAAAGAGUGAAGAUGCUGAAAAUGCGACACAACCUGCUGCAGAUAAAGAAAAAGAAGCAACAGAUAAAGCAGCUCAAGAGUCUGAUGGAAAAGCCUCAGAGGAAACUCCGAAAAAGGCAGUGAGAGCCAAGAGGACCCCGUCAAAACAGAGUCCGGCAAAACAGACUCCCGCGAAAAAGACUCCAGCGAAAAAGACUCCAGCGAAAAAGACUCCCGCGAAAAAGACUCCAGCGAAAAAGACACCCGCAAAAGAUUCUCUCCAAAAAGAGUCUCCCGCAAAAGACCCUUCUGCAAAAGAGUCUCCCGCAAAAGACUCUUCUGCAAAAGAGUCUCCCCCAAAAAAGACUCCCGCUAAAAAGACUCCUGCGAAAAAGACUCCUGCGAAAAAGACUCCUGCGAAAAAGACUCCCGCUAAAAAGACUCCCGCUAAAAAAACCUCAGCCAGUAAAACUCCCGUCGCUGAUGGGGGCCUGGCAGCUGGAGAGGAUGGAGCUGAACAAGCUGUGGAGCAGGAAAAUGGGACGCCAAAGCCGAAGAGGAAGUACGUGAAAAAGCAGCCUCCUCAGCUGGUGGCAGAAGCACCAGCUGAGGAGGCUCAGGGAGAAGAUGCAGUUCCACCUGAGGAGGCGCUCGGACCGGGCGGCCGCCGCAGGAGAGGUGCAGCUACAGCAGCCUUGAAGUACCUCCAGAUUCUGGCAAAAGAGGUGUUUGGUAAUCCCAAUGAUGAUUCCCAGCCUGGUGCCAAUAGUAAAGUCAACAAAGAGGCGAAAGGUCCCAAAGGAAACAAAGCGGCUAAAGGUAAGAAAAGGAAACGGCGUGCUUCUAACAGCAGCGACGACGAUGAUGAUGACUUUCUGCCUGGUGCUGAAGAAGACGAGGUUGAGGAGAUGGAAGAGGAAGAAGAUGAAGAGUCAGAUUCGGACUUCAGGAACGCCGGAGGACGUCCAGGAGGUUUUCCUAUCAACAGGAACAAUCAGAUUUACUCCAAUGCCAAAACCAACAACGGGCUCACCAUGAGAAUCAUGGGGAGUGUUUGGAGCAACUUUGAGACGACCAAGAAAUUCCGCGAGGAGCACUACAGCAGCUGGGUGUUCCCAGAGUGGGUUCCCUCCACCAGUAACUGGCACCUCGUAUCUCAAAGUGAUGUGGAGAAGUAUCUUCCUCAGGAGCUUCGUUCAGCUGCUUUCAAAGUGUCCAGAGCCGGCCUCGCCGAGGAGGAGGCGUCUUUUCAAAGUCUCAACAGGUUUGAGGCGGUGCCUGCUCACACAGAACGCUGGGACAUGCUGCUGAAUGCGGGGGGGCCGGUCUGGGCCAUGGAGUGGUGCCCGACCCCGGAUGGAGCUCCGGCCACACAGUACCUCGCUGUGGCCUGCCAUCGAGGCAUGGACGACCAGCACUACGUCAACAAGACCUACACGGGACCUGGACUCAUUCAGCUGUGGGACAUGGGCAACAUGGAGUACAACAGCAGCCCGGACUCUCAGCCGGCUCUCGCUUACGGCUUAGCUCAGGACAAAGGCUUCAUCUGGAAUCUGAAGUGGUGUCCUGCUGGAGGCUGGGAGCUCCCCAGCUGUGGCAGAAAGGCUCCGUUCCUGCCCAGGCUCGGUCUUCUAGCUGCUGCCUCCUCGUCCGGCGUGGUCACCAUCUACAGCCUCCCCCACCCGGCCGCGCUGCAGUCCAACAAGAAGCUCCCGGACCCUGGAAAUGCAAACCAGCAGCUGCCGAUCUACCAGGCGGACGCCGUGUUGACGCUGAAGCUCGGCUCCCUCAAAGCCCCUCGGCAGCAGCACAGUGGACAGGUCCUGUCUAUGGCCUGGCUGCCUGAGAAACCACACAAUAUAAUAGCUAUUGGAUUCUACGACGGUGUCGUCGGCCUUUGGGAUCUGUCCACGAAGUCGUCUUUGCUGCAGAUGCGAGAGUCGGACGGCUCGCUGACGCUGCUUCCCUUCCGAUGCUUACUGGCUCACGAUCACGCCGUCCGGGCGCUGGCCUUCUGUCCCGCCUCCAGGAACCUGUUGGUGACCGCAGGAGAAGAUCGCUACAUGAAGACGUGGGACCUGAAGAGGCUGGACCACCCAGUCACUGUUCAGAAACGCUACCUGACCAAUGAAAUCCACUGGCCACUGAAUGCGCCGGGCUACCUGUUAGCCCAGGAUGCCGCCUACGUAGCGAAGGGUUACCACGGAGUCCACUUCUUUGACCACUACAUGCAAGCUGUCUACGCAGUUCCUCGGACCGGCAGCCUGUGGUCCAUAUCUUACACUGAUUGGUUGAACAGCGUGGUGACAGCAGACAGCCUCGGCGAGUUGAUCCUCGCCAUUUUGCCUCCGAUAACCCACAGCUCUCCGUACGUCAAACGCACGAUCGAGAGACGAUUUCCCGUAUACAUAACGACUCUGGUGCCUCACGCUACAACUGAGGAAGCAACUCCCGAGACGGGAGGAGCAGCGGAGGAGGAGGAGGGAGGAGGAGAGGUGGGAGAACAAGAUCCUGGCUCCGAAGCAGGGGAUGAGAGCGUUAGUGAAAACGGAAGAGAAGGACGAAGAGGUCGAAACAACACAAGUCUGCCUCUGCGGUUCCAGACGUACAAAGAGGCUGCGAAGAAAUACUGCCUUCACCACUCCGACAGCAACAUGCUCAGCUUUGUAGGAUACCAGAAGCAGGCGACCUGGAAACACAUGAGAGACACAGAACUGAAGACGGAGAUGAACAUGGACGAGCUGCCGCUGGCCGCACUGCACAAGGUGCGUUUCAACCCCAACAUGAGCUGCCACACCUGGGUGGCGUCGGGGGGGCAGACCGGGCUGAUCCGCCUGAACUGCCUCCGGAGCAUGAUCAGCCCCAAGAUCAGCAACAUGAUCCUGGAGAACCAGGCCCAGUUCAACGCACUGUACUCGCCCACCGGCCCGACGGCGCCCGGCCAGCCCGAGGAGGAGGAGGAGGAGCUAUAGCAGGAGGCGGAGCUGCCGGAUCAGAAGGUGGAUCACACUGUUACACGGCUGUUUGGCUGCAAAAGGAACAAACCUGCAAAAAAAAACUGAGUCAUUAGCACCAAUGCACAUUUAGUGUUUGUCAUGUUUCAAAUGGCUUAGCAGCAUUUUAAAAUUCAAGCAGAAGGAUUUAAACAAACUGUCAUGAAACUCCUCCCCUUGGAAUUCUGCCUGAAAGUGUUUGGGGUUCACGUGGAGCUGCAGGAAGGUUUUUCUUCCUCAGACCGAACCAAACGUCUCACAGACAUAUUGUUUUAGUCUUUUCUCACUUUGGGCAGUUGGAGCAGUGGGCAGUGCCUUGUUUAAAACACUCAUUUAUCAUUGAUCCCUACUAGAUCGAGUGCGGUUUCUGUUCGCUCCAGUUUCUCUUUAUUUGGCAGCGAGUCGACCGUUGGCAGCGGUGGAAUCAGGAUCCGGCUCAUCAUCAUCAACUCUCACUGUCGUAAAGUCGAACCUCAGGAACAGAGCUCAGCACCUGCAGCCGUUUGCUCCAGAGACAAAUUCAUCAGUGACAACACACACGUUUAAAAUGGUUUUGCUCGGAGGAUCAUAACGACUUCAAGGAUUCACUUCAACCUCGCGUUUUUCUCGUGGCUGUUGUUCUACUUUGUUCUUCCUCUUCAUCUGUGGGAAAUAAGCCAGGUUGGAAGAAUCGGUUCCUUAACAACAACAACAACAGUCCACUUCAAUUCAAUCAAGAAAAUUGCACAUGUUCAUAGAUCUGUCCCCUGAACACGGCUGAUAUUUGUCUAGUUAAUGAAUUCCUGAGAAAUAAGAUCAAAAGACUUCAUACCUCUUAGUGUUAAAGUGAGUGAAUCCUUUGAUCUGCCCCCAAAAUCGAACCUUUCCUGUCGUCGCCCGUUUCUCAUCCUUUCACCGAGUUUAGUUUUUUUUACAUAAUCCUGCUGAAAACCAAACGGAUGAAUAAUAACCUCGGAGGUGAAUCUGUCUCCCUCCGACCUGCAGUGGUUUCGGGUCAGUGCGUGUUUCUGUUACAGUAUUUUGAGUUUAAGUGUUCGUUCAUCACCAGCGACACAUUCCAUUGUGAUCCACGUGAUCUUCAGUUCUCAGAUUUCUUGCCUUAUUAGAAUGUCAGCGUCAUAUUGAACUUGGCCGCUCGAUCAGAAAGACUUGUGUUGGUUUUGUUUCCAGACUCUUCGCCUUAAGACGCUUUCGAUAGCAAAAGAUAAUUGCGAUAAACCGGGGGGGAAGUCCAGG